GGGGAGUGAUUGAUUUUAUUAGGUGCUGAUUGAUUAGUGUUUCUAUCAAAGACCCCCCCCCCCCCUUCCGAUCGGUGCUGUCGUUUGCUGAAUUUAUAUAUUUUUUGCUUCAACUCAUUCAAUCACCACAAUUUCUCUUAUUUCUUUCUUUUUAUAAAUACCCUUUUAUUUUUACUUGCUUUUUCUAUUUCUCCUUUGACUGGUUCAGAUUAGCCGUUGAUAGUUUAGUGAUUAAUAUAUAGAACUCUUUAAAGCUUUGGAAAGAUCCUUUUUUUUCACUUGGUAUCAAGCAUGGAAGAUCGCAAGGAGAAAAAUGCACCAUGGCUAUCAGUACCACAAUUUGGUGAUUGGGAUCAAAAGGGACAGGUGCCAGAUUACUCUCUUGACUUCUCAAAGAUCAGGGAAAUGAGGAAGCAAAACAAGAGGGAAGUUUCAAGAGCCAGUCUUGGUAAUGAAGAAGAGUUCAUUAACCCAACUGCAAACACUGUUAGCACUACUCCUAGUGAUGAUCAUCACCACAAUUACCCUCAGAACCAUCACUCUCCAUCUACAAGGCGGAGUUUCUUUAGCUACUUCAAUUGCUGCGUCAAGGCUUAAGGGUUAGGGUUUAAGGGCUCGCAUGAAAGAUGAUUUUAAAAGCCACCCGAGUUACAUCGAUGUAUUUAUAGAGCACCCUUCCUCUCUCUCUUUCCAUUGUGUUCUUUGUUUUUUUUGGUUUCUCAUCUUUAUUUCUUCAUCAUCUCUUUGGUUUUUAAGAUUAGGAAAGAUAAUAUAUGCUUUAAUUUAAAUGUGGUGAUCAUUUUAUGCA